AGACGCCGGUCCGCUUGUCCCACCCACUGACUAGCUGCACUUCCGUCUCCGCCUGAGGCUAAGGGUCGCAUUGCUACCUCGAUAUCCCUGGCAACCAAGCAGGUCGACGAUCCCACCUUCUUGCCCGCAGCGCAGCACACAGCAUACACACAGUCAGGGCGCUGUGCUGCCGCCAAACCCAGCACUGAUUGGCGGACCUCGCUUGGUUUCAGGAGUGGUGCACCGUUAGAGAUACCGCUCAACCGCUUCCACCCCUCCCCACGUCCACGUUCACGCCCAGCAGCCCCGUUGUCGCGUGCCCCAUUUCCUUCCACCCUCCCACAACCAGCCCCGGGGGCCAGUAGAGACUGCACCGCGAAACACAAAUCGCUCGGCUGCAGGCAGACGUCGCAAUGGUCGACGCAUUCAAGGGCAGGUGGAAGGCCAAGCUGUUCGCCAAGGACCACGCGGGAGACUCUCCACCAGAGGACCCCAAGCCCAAAACGCAGACGUCGUUCAAGUUGAACGACGAUGUGAACGACUUCCUCAAGCCCUCCACCGAGCGGGCACAAGCCCAGAAACAAGCCGAAGCCGCCGCACAAGCCUUUCUACACUCAAGCCGGCCCAAAAUAGACGUCGUCAGCGCGCAACGAUGGCCUUCCUCGAGCGAUGUACUCAACAGCGCAGCGGGCAAGAACGGAGGGUUGAGGAAGGGCACGCGCAAGAAGGGCCUCACCGUGUCGUUCGUGCGCACCCAGCCCAUUGUCAUCGGCGAGGGUGGUGAUGAGUGCGAGGAGCCGUCAAUCACCGUGUACAACCGCAGGAAGUCGAACAGCGUCUCAGACGCGGAGAAGCUGGCCACGCAAUCGCACCAGGACGACAUCGGCCUCGGCGCACGCAGCCCCAAAUUCGACGCGCUGGGCAGCCAGAAUGCGCAGGCUGCGCAGAGAGGCAUCGUCACAAGAACGCUAACCAGCGGCGGUGAGCUGUCUCCGCCAUUGCGGCAGAAGCUCGAGGUGGGCAGCAUCAACACGCACGCAAGCCCGCCGCCUGAGCCUGCCAAAGGUAUGGGUACGAUGGGUUUGGGUCAGCGACCAAAGCCGUUGACGAGAGCACCCACCGGGUUCGACGUCCAGGACUCCGAAGCGCAGACCAAUGACCCGAGAAGGCCUAGCAUGGACUCUGCCUACUCGUUCGACAGCAAUGGUGAGAACAUUUCACCGGUGCUGUCGAAAAAGGCGCCAGAACUUCCGCCAAUGCAAGAGGAAGAGGAGGAUUUUAGGCCGAAAACGUUGUCGCGAACGCAGACGGGAUGGAGCGAGCAUGCUGGAGACUCUGACAACGAGCCAAUGCCCGCAAUCCCGCGAUUGCCAGAGGUGAAGGCGGCCGAAGCUGAGUCACCAAUCGACGCAAAGGCUUUGCUGGCAGAACGCUAUCUACAGAGCGAACCCGCCGACCCUAAUUCUUUUUCCGCACGAGUCAUACAAAAGAUGCGGGCAGAUGAGGGUAAAGCGUUGCAUGAAGCUCAACAAAGAGCCGCCGACCAUGCGAAAAGCGACUCUGGGUCCAGUGCUAGUUCGUUCCAGCCAGGCUCCGUGCAGUCCAGUGGGUUCGUAGUGGGAACGCCGCCAACGACAGUCACCACGCUUGCUGGCAAAACACCACCGCGAUUUGCAACACGCGAGCCCGUGCCACCCCCAGAGUCGCCCCAGCGCGCACUAGACGCAGAAGAUCCCCACAGAUCGAGGGCUCGCGGGCCGUCUCCUGGACGGAGUCCGAUGCCUCCUGGAACCUUCCCGCUAGACACAGAUCCUCGCCCUUCCUCUUCCUCUUCUGGUCAGCCCUCGGCGGCAUCCCGUACACCACAAUACGUACCAUACUCUGCAGCCACAACUACGUCGAUACAACAAACCCCUUCUACCCUUGAAAAACCAUCCUUCUCCGCCCAAAGUCAGACAUCUAUAGUACCAACUCCCCCGCAGUUUGAGCGACAGGCCGUCAUAUCUCCACCGCGAGCAGAGGAACCGCCAGCGCCACCACCACACCGUGAGAUGCCAGUCCAAUCGCCCGCCCUUCCCACGAGUCAGGUCCCUCUUCGACCACGCCAAGAUACGGCUACCUCAACUUUAGGCCGCUCAGAUACCAAAUCCCAGGCGGAAGGCGCAUUUCUUGACUUCGGCGAGCGAGUGGAACAUAUGCGUGGCGUUUUCCAACUAAUGGCACAGCUUAACGGGCAGAUUUACGAUCAUUCACCUACUGUGUGGUUGCGUGUUGCAAGUUGGUGGUUCUUGAAAGGACGUGCGGCAAUGGAGACUGCCAUUAGGAGCCGAUCUAGGUCUGGAGAACAGCAGCCGGAACGCCUUAUCCAAGCGCACGUCGAUCUCGCCAAAACCUGGUGGAUACUCACUGAAGUCUUCGCUAACCACCCCAAGCUAGCCAAGUCCGGAGAUCAACAAAUGGGUUCGCAAGCCAAUACAGCCAGAGCUACCGGGGACGAGCCCCGUGCAGAAAUGGAUGAGACACAUGACGCUGUUCUAGGGGCCCUGAAGAUGCUAUUGGGAUCCAUGAAAAGGCAUCAGAGUAUGCCACCUACGCAGGCUCUCAUACAGGGGCAGCAGCAAGACAUCUGGGAGACGUAUCCCAAAUUCGCUCCAGACGCGGCCAGCGUUCUUUCCUACGCUUCUGCUAAGCUGAUCGUUGCCGAUGGCGCGCAGCCGCGCAUAAAUCCUAUGAAGUUCAUGCCCGUUUCAGACACAAAAACGGACUUUUGCUAUUUCAGGAUGUUUGCCCAAGUUUCUAUGUCGACAGAAGACCUGAAUACCGAUCGUGCUCCCUUCCCAGUCGUUGUUUCUGUACUGAGAUCACGUGAGACUUUCAGUGUCAGACUUGCGAUCAGUAGCCAGAAUGAGCUCGCCAAUAUUAUGGUAGGGCCGUCUGCAGAUCUCGGUGCCACUUGGAAAGAUGUUUCCUGGAGAGCGAAGAGCCAUAGCUUUGCACUGCAGCUUCGUCACGGGUUUGUCCUGAACGUCGAACUAACUGAAACCGAUUUCCGAAGCCUUUGGAACAUUGUCGACCACACAAACCGCGUUGACAGCGCUCUCCGCGAACGAAGCGACGAGCGCACUUCAUGCGUUAUGAUGCUCCGCGAAGGUAUCUACAAGGAUCCGACCAAUCCCGGAGUAUUCCCAGCGGAGCCCGUCAGAGGCAGCAAAUUGCUUCUUUUUGAGAAAUUCGAUCGUAGCAGCGAAGGAACAGGCAAGAGGAAGCUUCACCGCGGGUACCGCGUGGUGAUGGUCACACAUCCCAGGAAUCGUACCGUUGGUUUCGUAACCCACGAGGCAGGCACAAAGCCAGAACCAUUGAAUUUUGCAUAUACAACCGAGCCUGAUCAAGCUCCUUCGAUGGUAAUCCGAUUCAAGGAGGAAAUGCCGGACAAGAGAAUAAAGGUUUGCACCAUGCGCGCGGUGUUCAAUGAGGGCAAAGAGCGGAAUCACAUCUUUGGGCUUCUAACCUCCUUGAACACCGGUGAAUCCGAGAAGAUGUUUGCUCAAGUCCCUUUGAAAGCAUACAACAUUGAGAGCGCAGACCCAGCAGAAGGCUUCAGUCAAAGCGGAAGCAAUGUUUUGAACAAAUUACAGUGGCUCGAAGCGAAGACGAUGAAUCAGGAUCCGGAUAUCUUCGGUCUGGAGUCUGCACCGACGGUUAUGAGUGAAAGCCUGAGGAUCUUGUGCAGACACAGCGCUGGUGUCUUUUCCGACCGCAUGAACCUUGACACCGGAGAGUUGCUUGUUCGGCUACCAACUUCCGGCACUCCAGAACUCACCUUCCUCAGAAAUCCGCAGCGCGACAUGGCCAUUGCAAUUGAUGCCUCGCGUUCAGAGAAAGAUAUACCGGAUGCACUUGCCGACUUGCUCAGAACCCUCAUAAACGCUUCCACCAUAAGACGACUAACGUUCGCCUCAUAUCAGGACCUGCACGCUUUCCAACUUGCCGUCACCGGGUUCUCGGUUCGUUUUGAUGGUAUCGCCUCUACUCUGUCCAUCGCUCGCCGCCGCAUGGUCGUUCCAAUCUACAAGCAAUGGACCGCAAAUACGAUUCGCAUCCAGAUCGUCGAGCAAGACAACAUCAUCCAACUCCUCGCCUUCUUCGAAGAAUUCUCCCACGCCGACGCCAUGAACUUCCAACUCAAGCCGCAAGACGAGUUCCAGAAGACAGACAAGGGUGGGAAGGCCUCGGUCCGUCUCGUGGACUGCAAGUUCGCACUGCCUGUUGAGGAGCGCAAGGGAGAAGGCAAGAUGGGCAAGGAAGAGGGGAGACUUACCGGCUGGGCUGGUAUGAAGAGGCGGUUUGUCUGCCUGGAUCAAAUUGAAUACCCCGGGGAGCACGAUGAUAUGAUUAUUUCGUUUGAUAGCCAGGAGACGCGCGACAAAUUCGCGGAAGCCCUCCCCUCGGCAACAGUCUCACGCAAGUUCACGGUCCGGAGGAAGAUCUAGUCGGUCUGGCAUCCAUGACCGCGCCUACCCGCGAGCUCGAGUUCGAUCAUCUCACCAUGCUUCUGCAUAACACAUACAUUUUCCUUGUUUCCUUUGUUCAUCACAUUGAAGUUUGCGGCACUCAUGGCCAUAUACAGCGUAGCAUUAGCACGGAGCGGGGACUCUUUCAGGACGGAAGAUAUCACUGCGGCGAUCGGUUAGGCGGGCGGUGUUUGGGCGCUGGUUCCAGUAUAUGUCAAAUUGGUUCACCAUGUUGGGUUGAUCGCGGUAGGACGUGGGGAUCCGCGACGAGGGUUCAGGUUCGGGUUGGAGUGCUUUAUAUAUGAUACCUAGGACUUGAUUUGUAUAGCCGGAAAGUCAAU